UCUCAUCUUUCACAGAAACACACACACUCAUACAGUGUAGCAGAUUUCGCGGGGUUUUCUUCCUCACAUUCAACGUUACCUUCUGGAUUGCUUUCGUUUUCCGCCAUUGGAGACCACAAAUAAUCAUAUCGUGUUAUUCCUGAAAUGGACAAUCGUCUACUGCAGAUUGCCAUGAAUGAAUGAAAGCAUCAGAUACAGUGCACGGCUAAUGAUGAAUUCACGAGAACAACAAACGCCAAAAGGGCUACAUGAGAAAACAGUAACUCUACGAGCAAAUAGGAUCAGAAAAUCAUUAGACUACACUAAACUGGAAAACCCAUUGUAUGUUGGUCAACGUCAUGAACCUAGACAAAAUGCAAGUGAAGAUCAUAUUCAUACCGGAGAAAAAGAUGAAAGCCUUGUGAAGCACAUGAGAAAUUUGCCUGGUUAUCUCCAACGUGAAGAAAAAGGUGAAAAAAAUAUUCAAGGGAAAGCGUUAAAUUUUGGUGUUCUUGACUGGGGUCGUUUAGAAAACUGGAAAUCAAACGAAAAACGUAUUCCACCAAGAUAUAACAUGAAGACAUCAUCACCCUCUCAUAAUCACAAUAGGAAAAAGAUGAAUCCACAUCGGAGGGAUCAACAAAGAUCAAACACCACUCCAAAUUCAUCUUCUUCAGAAAGACUUCCCCCAGGUGUUAGAUGGCCUAGAGGCCAGGUACUAAAACUGCAAAUUCCUGAAACUUCUGGACAAAUGUUGGAUGAUAUGCAAAUUCAGUCGGUGGAGCUCGACACUAAAAAAGGGAAACAAUCAGAAACAAAAAUUCAAUCCAAGGAUAUUGAUAUUAAUCAUCGCGAUGAUGUUUCGAUUUCACCUGAUGUUCAUAUGAUUGAAGCAAAUGAAAGCAGAGUAUCCGAUUCAUUUUCUCCGGCGGAGGUGGAGUUUGAUUCAGUAAUCCCGUAUUCCGAUGUUCCUCAUUCUUGCCCUUUUCCUUUAUCUCUCGAUUCCGUGGCAGAGCCUGAGGUAGAUUUACCAUUGACUCCAUCGACAGAUGAACAGAGUGGUGCAAAAGGAAGACAUUCAUCUCCGAUGAGGAGGUUUAGCUUUAGUAGCCUCGGGAAGAUGACCAGAAGCUUUAGCUUCAAGGAAAGCUCAUCAAUUCCACAGCUAAGUCCAACUUAUAUAUCUGUGAAAUCUGGUCCGGUUAAUCUUGAAUCCGAUGAUCAUAGAUGGAAGAAGGGAAAUGCUACAACUCCAUCGAGGUCUAGUCCAUUAAGGAGGUUACUAGAUCCAUUGUUGAAGCUGAAAGGAGGAGCUCAUUUUUCGGAUAAGGUUCAGAAACCAAAAUUAGAUUUAAACGAUAAUGAAUCGAUUCAUAGCAAGAAGCAGUACAACAGAUCAUCAAACGUACAGGCUCUUUUACAGCUUACAAUGAAGAACGGAAUCCCUUUUUUCAAACUUGUUAUUGAGAGCAGUAGCGACAUUCUAGCUGCUGCUGUUAAAAAACUACCAUCUGGAAAAGAUGAUUCGAGUUUGAUCUACGCGUUCUAUUCAGUACACGAGAACAAGAAGAAGAGUGGAAGCUGGAUGAUGUAUCAAGGUUCAAAAGAGAAAAAUUACAGGUUCGGGUACACCAUUGUUGGACAGAUGAAGAUUUCGAGUUCUUAUCAUGCUGAGUUUAGUGGAGCGGAGAAAGACCUGUACGUGGUGCGAGAGUCGGUGUUAUACAGCACCGAUUCUGUUCAGGCGGAUCAGAAAAUGCCUGAUUGCAUGGUGGACAGGGAGUUGGCGGGUAUAAUUGUUAAGAAUUUAAGCGAUGAAAGCGGUGGAGAUAUUGGGAGGUCCAACAGCACGGUGGUGGUUCUUCCUGACGGUGUUCACAGCUUACCUAACUUUGGACUGCCUUCUCCGUUGAUUAGCCGGUGGAGAUCCGGAGGGGCUUGCGACUGUGGUGGGUGGGACAUUGGUUGUCAAUUUCGUGUUUUAGGUCCUCAUCUGAAUGAAAUCGGCAAGCCUCCAUCUCCAUGUAGCUCAAAUUAUUCAAAUCGGGUCGACCUUUCUUACCAGGGAGGACGGAAGAAGCAGUGUGGUUUUAGUUUGGUGUCACUUGAGGACGGGCUUUAUUCGGUUGAAUACGAUCAAUCGAUGAGUUUGCUUCAAGCGUUCUCGGUGUGUGUGGCGGUUGUAAGUAGUCACAAGCUGACUCAUAUCUUUCAGGUGAAUUCAGUUCCGGAAUUGUCUAGAAUGUUAACCGGAAUUGAUGACAAAGUGGAAGUAGUCGCCGGAAAAUAUGCUUCCAAACCACCGCCGUCGCCGGUUGGGAGGGUAUAGUAUGGAUUAUGGAAUAUAGAGAUUAGUUUUUUACUUUUUACCUUUUAGAGAGGGAAAUGAAUAUGAAUAAUAAUGCAUGGGGAUGGGGAGGAAGAGAGUAAAAAUUUGGAGGUGGCGGAGGCUAUGUUUUUAGGUAUAUAGCUGCUGAUGGUAUACUGAUGGUAAUGGAAUAUUGUGAGUCACGUACAAAGUCG